AACAUGAACUCUUUUUCACUAUAUUUACUAUAAGAUCUUGUUUUAGUUCUUGAUUAUGAACGUCAACAAAGCAUACCAGUGAUUUACAAUUUGAAUGCAUUAUAUGCAAAUUGGCAAAAAUAGUAAUUUUUCAGUUAUUCAACCAUACCUGGAGGUUUUUCUUUUAAUUUCAGAAGGUGCAGCUUUUGUGAAUUUCAUGUCAGGGAGGAAAAGCUAACUGGACGGUUUGGGAAAGCGAGGGAGCAGCCAUCUGCGUGUUCUGCUGCUCUGGAUGCAGUCUCCAUGGCAACAUAGUGUUCCUGCAGCAAAAAUCAUGGGAAGACAGCUCGGUCCCAACCCCCAGGCGCAUGCACACAGGCACUCCACUCACACUUUUGAGGCAAACGGUGCCUGCUCUGUCCAUACAUAUAGUGAUCACACAAGAAACACUGCAGCAGUUUGCCUGUCAAAAUUCUUUACGCUACUUCCCAUCUUCACCACUAUGUUUCUCUAGAUUCUUAAAUAACUCACAAUGACGAUGUCCUACCUCCCACCUUCCUCUGAUUCUCUUUUAUAUGGCAUUUAAUAAUUCAUUUCAUCACUCUUUUAAAUUGAUGUCCAACUAAAUUAGAGUUUCCAACAGGGUUCAGGCGAUUUUUGGUCCUCUCAUCUCAUCUUCCACAUCUCUAUGCAAAAAGAGAGCCUCUCCUCAUGUCAAUGAGUGACUGUCUCACAGUUUGGCUUGUUGGAUAUUUCUCAUUAUCCUUACACACGCAAUCAAAAAGAGAGGCAGAAGAGUUAAGGGACACCGAGAGCAGGAAAUGGAGGGGAAAAAAAAUCUGUCUUUGUUGCCAUCUCCUCUUCACUCUGCUCAUCUGUUACACUAUUGGACAAUUUGGCCCCCUCCCAUUUUCACACCAGCCAGUCAGCUUGUACAAUAUCUCUGUAUCUCUUGGCUCUCUCUCUUUCUCUCGCGCUCUCUCAGCUUCUAUCUCUCCCUCCUGUUAGCACAAACAUACAUGUGUUAAAGCCAGAUCCCACACGCACACACACCCUGCUUCUGUCUGUCUUACUAGUCUCUGUGUGUGAGGUGCUUUUUGCUUUGACAAUGUCAGGUUUUGUGGACGGAUAUCGCUCCCUCUGGAGGAGAGCACGCUGAAACUUCCUCCCACCUCUCUUUCAUCUGUCAGGAAUCUGCUGUUAACUGCUGUCGUUGUCCGUGGCUUUAAAUUUCCUUUGCCAUGGCCAAGCGCGAGGCUGGAAGUACCAGCCCUGUGGUGCGUCAGAUAGACAAGCAGUUUCUGGUCUGCAGCAUCUGCCUGGAUCAUUACCGCAACCCCAAGGUCUUGCCCUGCCUGCACACCUUCUGUGAAAGAAUUCCUGUCAUACCUACAUGCUGGCCAAUAGAGGAACCUCAUCUAUUGCAAAUCCCUACACACAAUUAAAAAGCUCAGAGCGCUUCUCGUCACUGACGCUGCUGGGAUAAGUGCAUUCCUCAGCAUCGGGGACUGUCAAGGACUGCAGUCUGAAAAAAGGCUCACUGUUGAGAGACACAAUUACAGUGGCUCAAUCCACAGUUUCUUGGGAAGGAUGACACCCCCUCAGGUGACAAUGCUAGAGCCGAGCCAAGCAGGAGGAAGCUUUUUGAAAGCUUGUUGUGGGUCAUGGUGGGAGGAUGGAGAAUGAAGAAGGGGCAUGUUGUUGGCUGCAGAAGAAAACCAGGAUUAUGUUUCAGACUGGUUUGCUCCUAAACCCACGAUCUACCAAAUAUUUAUCGAAUGGCUUUUUAAAAGCCACACAGUAUGAGAUAAUUCUCUUUUUUCCCCCAUGCAGUCUGAGCUGCAUUUGCCCACCGGAGGGCAAGUUUAAUCCCUGGUUUAACUGGAUAGCAUGUGAUGUGGAGUCCUGCUGAGCUGUCUCCAGACCUACAUUCCCCCUGAGUCUCUGACACUCUCAUGCCCAGUGUGCCGGCAGACAUCUAUCCUGCCAGAGAAAGGAGUUUGUGCCCUCCAGAACAACUUCUUCAUCACUAAUCUUAUGGAGGUCCUUCAACGAGACCCAGAGUGCUCGCGGCCAGAGGCCUGCAGUGUGUUGGAAUCAGUCAGUGCUGCAGCUGCAGGGAAGCCGCUCUGCUGCCCAAACCACGAAGGAAAGGUGAUGGAGUUCUACUGCGAGUCAUGUGAGACAGCCAUGUGUUUGGAGUGCACAGAGGGCGAGCACAGGGAGCACAUGACUGUUCCUCUGCGGGAUGUGGUGGAACAGCACAAGGCUGCGCUGAAGACACAGCUGGAUGCCAUACACAGCAGGCUACCUCAGUUAACAGCAGCCAUUGAGCUGGUGAGUGAGAUCUCUCGACAGCUGAGUGAAAGGAAGAAUGAGGCAGUAGCGGAAAUUACAAGUACAUUUGAAGAGCUGGAACAGGCGCUGCAUCAGCGCAAGACGGCCCUCAUCACAGACUUGGAGAAUAUCUGCAGUACCAAGCAGAAAGUCCUGCAGGCCCAGCUUUCAGCUCUCCUCCAGGGGAAGGAACAUAUUCAGAGCAGUUGCAGUUUCACAGAGCAAGCUCUCAGCCAUGGUAGUGCUACUGAGGUGCUGCUGGUUCAGAAGCAAAUGAGUGAGCGAGUAAACGCGCUGGCCAGACAUGACUUCCCAGAGAAACCUCAUCAGAAUGCACACCUGGACUGCCAGGUGGAGACCGAGGGCCUGCGGCGCUCCAUCCAGAACCUGGGUGUUCUCCUCACCACAGCAGCUGUGGCUCACACUUCCGUGGCCACAGGAGAGGGCCUCCGCCAUGCAGCAACUGGGCAACACCAAACUAUUACUGUGACAACAAAAGACAAAGAUGGGGAGCUGGUGCGGACAGGAAACGCAGUUUUAAAAGCAGAGAUAACGUCCGCUGAUGGGAGCCGGGCUGCAGAGACGGAGAUAACGGACAAUAAGAAUGGAACAUACGAGGUGGGCUACACGUUACGCUCUGAGGGAGAGUACUCGUUUUCUUUGCUGCUGUACGGACAGCCAGUACGUGGCAGCCCUUUCCGACUGCGAGCAGUUAAGCCGUCAGAUGUUCCGCAAUCUCCAGACGAUGUGAAGCGGAGGGUGAAGUCCCCCAGUGGCACGGCUGGCCACAUACGGCAGAAGGCAGUGCGACGGCCUUCCAGUAUGUACAGCACGACUAAGAAAAAGGAGAACCCCAUUGAAGAUGAGCUCAUCUACAGAGUGGGUUCUCGGGGUAGAGAGAAAGGCGAGUUCACAAAUCUCCAGGGGAUCUCAGCCUCUAGUAAUGGCAGAGUGGUGGUGGCUGACAGCAACAACCAGUGCAUACAGGUUUUCUCCAAUGACGGCCAAUUCAAGAUGCGCUUUGGGGUCAGAGGUCGGUCUCCAGGGCAGCUGCAAAGACCAACGGGUGUCACUGUUGACAUGAACGGUGACAUUGUGGUGGCCGACUAUGACAAUCGGUGGGUCAGCAUCUUCUCUCCUGAUGGGAAGUUUAAGAAUAAGAUCGGUGCAGGACGGCUCAUGGGUCCCAAGGGUGUGGCUGUGGAUAAGAACGGACACAUCAUCACUGUGGACAACAAGGCUUGCUGCGUCUUCAUCUUCCAAUCCAAUGGGAAACUUGUGACCAAGUUUGGAGGCAGAGGGACUUCUGACAGACAGUUUGCAGAAAAACUUGGCCCAAACAUAAAUAAAUCUGGCUCAGUUUUCAGCCCGCAUUUUGUUGCCGUGAAUAACAAGAAUGAAAUUAUCGUGACCGAUUUUCACAAUCACUCUGUGAAGGUGUACAGCGCUGAUGGGGAGUUCCUGUUCAAGUUCGGCUCUCAUGGCGAAGGGAACGGCCAAUUCAACGCUCCCACUGGCGUGGCUGUGGAUGCCAAUGGAAACAUCAUUGUAGCUGACUGGGGUAACAGCAGAAUACAGGUGUUUGACAGCACAGGGUCCUUCUUAUCCUACAUUAACACUUCGGCAGACCCGCUGUAUGGCCCCCAGGGCCUAGCGCUCACCUCAGAUGGACACGUGGCUGUUGCAGACUCUGGCAAUCAUUGCUUUAAAGUUUACAGAUAUCUGCAGUAGACUGAGGGGAAGAUGUCGCCGCCACCACCAACUCCUGCUUUAAAAAUCAAUGUCACAUAUUUCUUGCAGAGAAAGAGUUGCAACAUGCCUGCACACUUCCCAGAGGCUCCAUGUCCACAAAUUAAUUUCCUGUUCAUUUUGUCUGUAAAUACUUCAAGGAUUUAAUGUCCAGAGUUUAAGAACAAGAAAUGAUAUUAAGAACGAACUUCCAAAACAUGCAAUUUUAAUGUUUUCAAAGACAAAAUUGGCUAGAUAUCACAAAAACUACUGACUACUGCAAGAACAGAAACCAUAAUUACUGAAACGGCAGUGAGUUCUUGGAUUACUUCUAUUUUAAAAAACAAUCAAUCAGGUAAACAUAUCUCAUAUAGAGACUUUCAAAUACUUGCGUUUUUUUUAAAGAAUGUGAGACAGCCUCUGCUCAACUAUACACCUGCAAAGUUAGAUGACUACAUCUUGUACAGUCGCGUUGCUGUUACAUGACAAAAUAGGUCCAUAGACAGACAUGCAUAUAUCAAAAACACUAAACAAUCAAUUAGGCAUGUCUAUAUUUUGUCAUUUUUGGUUUGUCUAACUUUAACUUUCCAUAAAGCUGAGCUAUAAUGCUUCUCUCCACCUCAUGUUUUUAUUCUCGGACUCUAGAGUAGCUUUGCAUGAUUCUGUCUGAAACAAGCUGUUUUAGUUUGAGGUUUGAGAUGGGCUUUAUCAGCAGAUGAGCAGUGUUGCGCUUCUCACAGAGCUGCGUGCCUGAAAAUCAAUAAUUCAAUUUUGGUACCUAAAAAUUUCAGCUUAAUAACUUGAAAUGUCAAGUUAUUGAGGGAAACAAAGUGCUUUAGGCAGCUAGAAGCCUGAGCUAUUAGCGCAUGGGAAUUAUUUGCACAAACACUUGGCUAAAUUUGUGAUUAGUAUCAAUGUCACAGUAAAAAAAAAAAAGUUUGUGUGUGUGUAUGAAUGACAUAGAUUAGGUAUAAGCAUAAUAGUUUACUCUGAUUGGCUUUGAGCCUAAAACUAACCAACUGUCGACAGGAAAAAAUGAACAGGAAAUUAACCCCUGGCUCAAAGGCCUUUUAGCUCUAUUCCCCAAGUGUAUCUUCACAGCCUGUCAGUCUUAAAUUGUUUUGGCAAUGCAGAUGGGCAACACUCAGUAUCCAGCAAACAAGGCAACGCAAUGAAGAUUCCCUGUUUCCUGAAAGGAACAUGAUGCUUUAUGAGUAAAAAAAAUGCUCAGGUCUUUCCUUGAACAACGUUGCAUGUUCGUGUGCUCUGAAAAUGAUCUUCUUGUCACUGCCUUACAAUAUUCAUCAGCGAACUCUGCAGAAACUUCAGGAAUGUGUUGUUUUAAAAGGAACUGCUUAUCAUUCUCAUUCUGCACCUUAUCAGUCUGACAUGAUCACUGCACAAUUAAAAUUAUUCUUAUCAUUGUUUUUUUUUUUUUUAAUUUCUAUUUAGCCAUAAGAUGAGUUUACGUAUAUGCAAGUUGUUUCAUUUUGGGAUCCAAAGACAAGCAUCAAAAAGCACAGUAGUUAAAAAAAAAGGCUAAAUAUCUGAACCAGCUCCCCUUCACCCUAAAGUCGGAGCCCUACUAGCAAAACAAAAUAAUAGUAACUAGUCCUUGCACUUUCGUAUAUUCAUACCUACAAUUCACUGUAGUUGUGCAUAUGCACAUUUACACGUAUGUAUAUAUUUAUACAUAUAUAUAUGGAUUUGGUGUCUAUAUAGCCUACAUAUUCCAGCACUUAAACAGAAACAAGGUCACGCCAAGUAGUUAACUGAAUGAAUGAAACAUCAGUGGAACAAAGUUGUAAUAAGUACAUAUUAUUUGCUGUAUUUUUUUUUCCUUUUUGCAAAAGAAUUUAUUUAUUUACAAAUUUCUUUUCUACAUAAUUUGUUUGACAAAUUAUUUUUCUAAUUGGUCGGUUUGAACCUUCUCCUCCUCUUUGCCAAACUUAGCUAUACCAUUGUAACUUGUAGCACUCAAAGCUGUUUUCUGUUUUUGACUCUUCCCGGUCAAACAGUGACGUUUCCUUCUGCCAAAACCUAUUGUUGUAAGUUGCUGUUGAACAUUGCACAGAAUACAAAUAAUGAGAGUUAUAUAGUUUGCAAGAGUAAUAUAUGCCUCUAUGUAUAGUUCAUUUUGACAUAAUCAGAACGUGUACUGUAUAUUACAAUCAUAUUCCUGUUGUAGCUGACAAGCACUUUUAUCGUGGAUUUUCCAGGAUUUGUAUUCAUUUGCUCUGUAGUUCAAUGUUUAGAGGUUUUUGUUUUUUUGUGCGUGUGGCUCUUACAAAAACACCAGCUAAUAUGCAGUGACACAAAAUCAUCUCUCACCUGUGUUUUAGAAAUACUGUCUGUCCCCCAGUACUGACUCAUUCUGAUUUUCCAUCUGCAUUUCCUAUUUAUUGGAAAACUGACAGAUUGAGCUAAACUUCCCUUCUCACUAGACUAUUUAUUCUUUUUGUUGUUGCUUUUAACUGUUAAAAGACAUGUGGGGGGAAAACUGAAGCACACAGUAUUAAUAAAAUGACAUCAACUUUUGUGUAUACAACUGUGUACUACAAGAGGCCAUUUACAAGUAAUCAGUCCGUUCAUGUAUCACGGGGAAGGUAUGAUUGUAAAUUAAAGAAUGACUAAACUACU